AUGCCUAACGACCACGAGGCGCCACCCGCAUCACAAAAGGAGCAGCAGGACUCGCUCGAGGAGAAGAUCUUGCCUUCCACGGACUCCCAGGCGGCUCAGUUCAAAGAAGGCGGGGUGAAGGGCUGGACAACUGCAUUGGGAGGUUGCCUCGUCUUGAUAUGCACGGUUGGAUACGCAAACGCCUAUGGCGUCUACCAGGAUAACUACACGAGGUUGCACGGCGUCAGCGCCUCUCGAGCCAGUUGGAUAGGCUCCGUCCAACUGUAUUUCAUGAUCGCGGGCGGGUUGGGCUCUGGACGGCUUUUGGACAUGGGCUACUUCCGCCAUACAGUCUUGAUAGGCUCGCUUCUCUACACGUUCUCGCUGUUCAUGGUGUCAUUAGCCCACCCGGAAAAGUACUACCAAAUCUUCCUUUCCCAAGGCUUAGGGAUGGGUCUUGGAAGUGGCCUCAUUUACGUGCCCACGAUGGCCGUGCAGUCUCACCACUGGACAACCCGGCGCCCAGCUAUCAUGGGCUUUGUCUUCCUCGGCAAUUCGAUCGGGGGGGUCAUCUUCCCCAUAAUGCUCAACAAGUUAUUCAACGGUUCGGCCGGGUUCGCCUGGGGAGUACGCGCAAGCGCCUUCAUCGUGCUGGGUCUAUUACUUCUCGCCAACGUCCUGAUGCAUCCUCGAAACGCGAUAACGUCAAGUGAGAAGCCGAAACCGAACUUGGCCAGUUAUUUCACGGAUUGGCCAUACAUCUUCACGAUAGCCGGGGCGUUCUUCGUCCUAUUCGGCUUGUUCUUCCCAUACUUCUACUUGCAACUCUUCUCAGUCUUACACGGUCUGGAUAAUACCUUCGCUUUCUACACGAUCGCCAUUCUCAAUGCUGCGGCGUUGCCAGGCAGAAUCGUGCCGAAUUUGUUCGUUCCACGGUUUGGCAUCUUCAACGUGCUGGCGUUCUGUAGUGUUGCCUGCUUUGCACUGAUGUUUGCCAUGUUCGGCACCACAUCCGUGGCGAGCGUCACCGUCUUCGCCAUUCUAUAUGGAUUCUUCUCGGGAGCGUUUUUUACUCUAAUCACGGUGGCCGUUGCCACGCUCGCGCGGGAACCUAGCGAAGCUGGCUCACGCCUAGGGUUGGCAUACUUUCUCGCAUCUAUCGGGCUGCUCGUGGGUAAUCCUAUCGACGGCGCUCUGCUCGGCAGCACAUUCCCGUGGUCAAGGGCCAUCAUCUUCAGUGGGGUCAUGAGUGUUGCGGGGACCAUCUGCGUUCUGGUAGCACGUCAUUUUGUGGUGAAGCGCAAGGGCACACAGUUUGUCUGA